AUGUCUACUGAUACUUUUGCCUUUGCUUUUAAUCCUUAAAAUAUUGAUAAUAUGGUUAAUAAGGCCAAGGAAACAUUGGAUAUUCGUUUAUUUGAGAUAGCUUUUACAAAAUUUUGA